GCCAUGUGACAUAUUUCAAGCUACAAUCUGACUGUGUGUGCAUAUAUAUAUAUAUAUAUAUAUAUAUAGGAGUGUUCUAUAGUUUUGAGUGUACAUCGAUCUCCUUGGACGCAAUGGGACUCUUGGAAAGUUCUCCGGCACCAAUGUGCCCCAUGGAUCAGCAUUGCUUGCAGUGGGCAAGGGAGUACAUGAACUAUUGUCUUUGCGGCGUGAAAGACAGAGUCUCAUUAGCAUUGGGUUUAAUUAGUGUCAUCAGCUGGGGAGUUGCUGAGGUACCUCAAAUCGUCACAAACUACAAGAAAAAAUCUACAGAGGGUCUCUCUGUUGCUUUCCUCAUGACAUGGAUAGUCGGGGACUUUCUCAACCUUUUUGGCUGCAUGUUUGAACCAGCUACUCUCCCGACACAAUAUUAUAUGGCAAUGUUAUUUACGGUGACUACCUUGAUUCUUACUGCACAGACCAUAUACUAUGGUCACAUCUAUCACCGACUGAAAUCCAAUGGACGAUGCCAAAAGGAUCUCAACUCCAUCCAGACUGAAGCAGUAGGAAAGACAGGAGAAUGUAAUAAUGGUGUCUGCAAUAAAAAACUCAGCAAUGCAGACAGACAGGGACAUGGAACCAACAAUUUUUCAUCAGGGGUUGUCCGGAGUUCAUCAAUUCCUCUUCCAGUCCUUUCUGAUAAUAGCCCUCCUAAAAGUGAAUCAUACUACAUGUCAAUAGAACCUCUGAUUGUUUUUGUUGAUGAUUUCCUACCGGCUGUGAAUUUUGGAUUUGGCACAGACAAAUUAAAGAUGUCAGCAAGAUAUCUAUCAAGGAGUUAUACUCCUACAGCAGGAGUUUUUCUGGCGCAGAGAACUCCGAACUCUGUUUGUAGGAAUUCCAUUGAAGAGCCCUUGCUUGGUGAACAUUUAUCAUCAAAACAGUCUGCACCUCCUUCAAGCACUAAAACCAUGCUAUGUGCGGUCUCUGCUAUGACAUUCUUCCUUGGUUCUUUUAAUCUCCAUCAAACCGAUAGCAGAAGGCUUAGUAGUUUGGUUUUAAAAAAUCCAAAUCAAGGAGUUGUGAUGCAAGUGGGAAGAAAACUUUUACAGGUAGAGAAAGCUACAAGGGGCACAGGGAUCGGUGGUAUCGGGUCUGUCCUUGGCUGGGGAAUGGCAAUUAUCUACGUGGGUGGGCGUCUUCCCCAAAUUUGCUUAAAUUUUAGAAGGGGCAACGUUGAGGGGCUUAAUCCAUUGUUGUUCGUCUUUGCAUUGGUUGGAAAUGCCACAUAUGUAGCAAGCAUACUUGUGAGCAGCUUGGAGUGGUUGAAAAUUAGACCAAAUCUACCGUGGCUGGUAGAUGCAGGAGGAUGCGUGCUUCUAGAUGCUUUUAUAAUCGUUCAAUUCAUCUAUUACAACUAUCGAACAGUGCAAGAUCGUGAUGCUAAGCAUGAGCACUCCACUAACGUCUAGAUGAUGACAAAACAGCAUGCUUCUCAAGGGCAAUUCUUACCAGCAUCAGAGGUCCAAUUGUGUCAGAAAUGUGUUUAUGCCCUGCCUUUCUACGGCCUCCACCAAACCGACCCGACUUCUUGUAUAAAAAAGAGCCUGGCCGGCCUCUCCAAGAUGAAAGCAGCUGUUAAUUUGUUUCUCAAGUGCGUACGAUCUCUCCAGAUUUUUAUCUGGUCUACGAGGCCUUGCUUUACCCUUUCCCAUUUUUGUUAUGAUUUGGGAAUCAAAUUUUGAUACAAUAGCUUGUUGAUAUAUAUAUAUAUAUAUAUAUAUUUUGAAGUUUCCUUAAGAGGAAUAUGACCCUUGGUGACUUCAAUCUUUCAUCUUUGAUUAUAGAGGCUUUGUUUUCUUGAAGAUUUAAUUUUAUUUUUCGUUGGACAACCGUCGUCAUUGUUCUUGUUCUUGUUUUUUUGGGGUAAAGAGUUUU